UCUUCGCCAGGCUGCAGUUCCUCCUUGCGCCCUUCACCCGAUGGCAGCUCUACAGGGGAAAAUUCAGGCUAACAGGCAAAUAGUGGUCCUUCUUCUCUUUCUGUGCGCGUCUGAGGGUGACGCGGGCACAGUGCGGUAUUCGGUGGCUGAAGAGAUGGAGAGCGGUUCCUUUGUGGCUAACGUAGCCAAGGACCUGGGGUUGGAGACCGGAGAGCUAUUGGCCAGAGGGGCGCGGCUAGUUUCAGAUGACAGCAAGCAGCAUUUUCGACUCCACCGCAAGACUGGAGAUCUGUUUGUGAAAGAGAAGUUGGACCGGGAGGAGCUGUGCGGGAAAGCGGACCCGUGCGUGUUGGGCUUUGAAAUCGUACUGGAGGAGCCGCUGCAGUCCUUCCGAGCCGAGGUAAGGGUUUUUGAUAUCAAUGACAAUGCCCCAGUGUUCCCACACCACAGGCCACUUUUAAAGAUCCCUGAAAGCACUCCCUUGGGCUCUCGGUUUCCUUUGCAGAGCGCCCAGGAUUUGGACGUGGGGCUCAAUGGCCUUCAGAAUUACUCUCUGAGCGCCAAUGCCUAUUUUCAUUUGCAUACUCGUUUUCGCAGCCACGGCCCUAAGUAUGCGGAACUCGUACUUAUUAAACCCCUAGAUCGAGAGGAGCAACCCCAGGUCAACUUAACCCUCACGGCAGUGGACGGAGGCUCCCCGGCUAAAUCUGGAACAGUUCAGAUCUUCGUCAUGGUUCUUGACGUCAAUGACAACGUACCUCAGUUUUCUCGGUUGGUGUACCGCGCCCAGAUCUUGGAGAAUAGUCCCAAUGGUUCUUUAGUAAUCUCAGUGUCCGCUACCGACGUAGACGAGGGCACUAACCGGGAAAUAGCAUAUUCUUUGGCUCAAAACCCAGAAGGAAUUCUCCAGACUUUCCAUAUCAACUCUGAAAAUGGAGAAAUCCGACUCCGAGGGCCAGUGGAUUUUGAAGACGUUGAGAACUAUGAUAUUGACGUUCAAGCCAUUGAUGGUGGGGGUCUAUCUGCUCACAGCAAAGUCCUGGUGGAAGUGGUGGAUGUGAACGACAAUGCCCCGGAUGUACUGGUCACCUCCAUUUCAAGCCCGAUCCCAGAGGACUCUCCACUCAAUACUGUCGUGGCCCUUUUUGGUGUGCGAGACCGUGAUGUUCGAGUAGGAGGGAAAAUCACCUGCUUCCUUCAAGGAGAUCUCCCGUUUGUCAUCAAACCGACAUUCAGAAAUUCCUACUCCCUGGUCACUGGAGGGGCCCUUGAUCGCGAGAAAGUGCCAGGAUAUAACCUGACCAUUGUAGCAAUGGAUACAGGGAUUCCUAAGCUGUCCACAGAGACGAUCAUCGAAGUGUUGAUAUCCGAUAUUAAUGAUAAUCCCCCUGUAUUUAAGGAGGCGUCUUAUACCUUGACUGUCAGAGAGAACAACAGCCCAGCAGUUUUUAUUGGCCAAGUCCACGCCGAUGACCUAGAUUCCGACGAGAAUGCCCAGAUUGCUUAUUCACUGCUUCCUCCCGAAAGUGGCGAUCUCUCUGUCUUCUACUAUAUCUCUAUUAAUUCGGACAAUGGGAAGCUCUAUGCUUUGAGAUCCAUGGACUACGAAGCUAUCCAGGCCUUUCAAUUCGUAGUGAAGGCUGUAAAUGGUGGGCCCCUGCCUCUGAGCAGCCAAAUCACCGUCCGAGUAAUUGUCUUGGAUGUCAACGACAACCUCCCAAUGAUCUUGUACCCGCUGCAAAAUAGCACUUCGCCUUGCAAUGACCUGGUGCCCAGAGCAGCAGAGGUGGGUUACCUGGUGACUAAGGUGGUCGCUGUUGAUGGGGACUCUGGUAAGAAUUCCUGGCUUUCUUAUGAGCUGCUCAAGGCCACAGACCUUGGGCUGUUUUCCGUGGGAAGGCAAAAUGGAGAAAUUCGAACCUUGCGACUGAUAUCGGAGAGAGACCACAUGAAGCAAAAAAUGGUCAUUGUGGUUCGGGAUCACGGCCAGCCUACACUCUCUACCACCGCCACAUUGAAUAUUCUGCUGGUGGAUGGCUUCUCUGAUCCUUAUGUACAGCUUAGGGAUCAGUCCAAGCGGGAGAGGAAGACAAACCCCUCCACUAAAUACCUGGUCAUUUCCUUGGCUGUGCUUUCCUGUCUUUUUCUGUUUUCAGUCACUGUAAUCUUUCUCAUUCACAUUUAUCAGAAGAUCAAAUAUCGACAAAAACAGUUUACUACCUCUGAGCACUUCUACUAUGACUGCAGUUUCCCUAGUCAUUUGAUAGAUGGACAGGGUGCAGAGACUCUGGGUCGGGUCUGUCCUUAUGAAGUGGGCUCGGCUACUGGCACUAGUAACAGUGAGUUCCGGUUUCUCAAACGAUUCAUGCCCAAUUUCCCAGUUCCUUCUGGUGUGGUAGAAAGAAGUAAGGGAGAAAAUGAAUCCCAUUUACCCUCCAACUUGGAUCUGGACAGCCCAAGGAGGUCAGAGGGCUGUCCCAGAAUGUCUGAUGAAUACAUGUAAAUUCUUGUUAUUGGACAUAAGUGAAUGGCAGAUUGUGAAAAUGAGCCUCUAUUCAACUUAGCUACAUCCUGUGUUACACCUGGGUCCUUAGGUCCUGCAAAGGACAAACCUAGAAUCGAUCUUGAAAGUGAACAUAGCAAGUGAUUUUCUCAGUACAACAAAAAGAUGAUGCUCUCCAGAGCUAAGAGCUCCAGUCUUCCAACAGUUAGAAUCCCAUUAAGGAGGUGAAUUAAUAGCUGAAUGGUUUGUAAAUAUCAGAGAACUAGGAUCCUUUGACUUUCUUCUGCUUCCUGAGGUGGGCUUAUUAAUGAGUGAUUCCUUCACUUGUGCACAACCUGGAAAGAGAUCAGCUCUAUCUCCACUGGCUCCAGGCAAAUAAAUACUCUAUUCCUUACUUUGAAGUCUUCAAAUGUCUCCACAGGUGGGCCAUACUCCAGGCAGAAGACUCCCAAUCCCUGAUAGCCUAUGCAGAAUUCUCUAGCUUUUGCCCUUCUGUAGGUGGUUAAGAAAACUUAGGGAAGAGCCUUCUGUUAUGUGGGACCCUUCUCUCCAGUAUAAAGAAUGAUAAUCAGAAAAUCAGUAGCAUGUUUGCUCUUAUCCAGAAAUCUCUGAAUUUGUUGAUGAGACAGCUGCUAUCUAUUUAGUGGAGUCCUUUAGCCAUAGUAAUCAGGGAUAAACAUUUGAGAAAAUCUGAUGGUUGGUAGAUACCAAAAGAAAAAUCUUAGAAGCAGCAAUGAAAAGCAAAGUGGAAAUAAGUGUCAGAAGAGUUAAGUGAGGAGUUGUAACUUCCUUGACAAGAUAAACUCAUGUCUAUAUUGGAUCAUCUCAAGUGUCUCUCUCUUGACUGCAGGACUGUCUUGUUUAGAUAUUUAGAAGAUGUCUAGUUGAGGAAAACUGUACUUUUUUUUUCCCAUGGAGAGUGUUUUGUUAAUUUCCUUGCAAUCUCACACUUCAGGAAAUCAAUUUAAGAUCCAAAUAGAGAUUAAAGGCAUCAGUGAAAAGAUAAAACCAGCAGCAAAAUUAAAUUAUGAGACUGACUCUCCCAUUAAAAAGAAGCUCUUGAAUCUAAGUAGAUGUUGGUAAGUGAAACCAAGUUUUCAGAAAGAACAGAUGCUAAAUCUAAUAAGUCUUGAAGAAUCAAAUUUGUAGGUCUUGAAAAAUCACAGGAUAAUUGAAUUAGUUAUAUUUCAAAGUCUUCAUAAAACAAGUGUCUCUGGGAAAAUUCAUUUUAAAAAGUCUGGUUCUGAAACUGGUUCCUGAAAUUUACCAAUGUGCCAGGCCCAGGCCUUAGGCAAGCAGAGCAUUCUGCAGAAGAAUGUUUCCAUGGCAAAGGCCCUGUAUAACUCCAUUUCUCAGGUAUGCCUAUAUUCAGUCAGAGUGAAUAUCUAAGGGAGCUGAGGUCCAUAUCAGUUGGCCACAAUCAAGAUGCUUUGAACAGCCAGAUCUUUGGGGGGAAGCUCCAAUCUGAUAAAAAACUGCAGUUCUCCAGGAAGAUAUAGUAAGUUUUCCAUAAAUGCUUAUAGAUGAUGUUGAAAAGUAAAGUAGGGUAAUGGAAAGACCUAGAUCUGAGUCUUAGCUCCAACAUAUGCUAUCCAUGUCACAAUGGUCAUGUAAUAACUUUCAGUUUUCUCAUCUGCAAAAUUGACCAAAUACUGCUCUUACUAACUCCUUCAUGGGUUUGUUGUGAGGUAAGUACUAUAUAAAAAUUAGCUAUGGUGAUGGUGAUGAUGAUGAUGAUGGCGAUAGUGAUAAUGGUGAUGAUGAUGAUAGUGUUAAAUUGGCAUGUUCUUCAAAGACCCAGGUUUUCCUCCACACCAUGAUGUAACAACAUAGGAAGAAUUUGCUAGAAGACCAAAUAAACACUCUAUUAAUAAUUCAAUAUGUGAAAGGCCUAUAAAAUUAGACACAUUAUUGCUUGCUCAUUUCCUUGGAGAUGCCAAUGCUCAUGAUUUACUAGUUAAAAUUAAGAGGAUGGGGAAGCUUCUCCUUUGUUUUACUGUGAAAGCUUUCCCCUCUUCUGUCCCUGAUUUCUGUGGUCCUGAUUUUGAUUCCUAAGCCCAAUCCCCCUAUCUUUGAACUCUUUGGGAUAAAAUGAAAACUGCUAAGAUUUCCUAAUGUAUCAUUCUUUAAUAUGAAUUGGUUUUUGGAAAGUAAAUUAAGAAAUGUUUUGUUGAUCUUUUUUGUUUGUUCCUCUAUUAAGUGAGUUUUAAUAUUCAGUCAUUUACAAAAUACAAAAAGGAAAGAAAUAUUUUGGUGAACAUAUUUCUUUUUCUAACAGCAGUUUAGUGACUGAGUGCUCUAAUUAUGAAUAAUUUCCUUCUGAUGAAAUUUCAUUUAUGUGCCUUGUUUUGUGAGAAUAUGGUAAAUGCAACUCUACAUGAUUCCUUCUGGAAACAAGUGUGUUUUGUGCUUUAAAUAUCAUUAAUCCAUUUCUGGCUCUGGCUUUGUAUCUCUUUUCAUGGUGCUUUCAAUACGUCUGUUGAAUUUGGAUUUGAUCUUAAGAAAUUCCUUAACCUUCCUUUGUCUUUCCUCAUUUGUAAAGUGAAGAUGUUGGACCAAAUAAUUUCUAAAGUUCCCCCUAGCUCUUAAAACUCCAUGGUUCCAUACAUUAGAAUGAUGAUUGAUAGUAUUUUUUAAACAAUUAUGUUUCUUAAAUAUGAUAUUUUAAAAGUAUUUUUAAAGGUUUGCUGUUUUGUUGUUUUUACAUAUUGGAUGUAUUAAGUUUUGUUUUCUAUGUUCAAAUAUCUCCAGUUUUAUCAUGAAAGAUAUGAUGAAACUAUUUUUAAGCUUUGUUUAAAAGAUUUGUUUCCUUGUUACUUUGAGGGUGUUAUUCAAACUACAAUAGCCAUUUUGGUAAUCAUAUCUAAGUACAGCCAAGGUCAAUCUCAAAUAACCAACACCCAGAUCUUCCUUUUCUUCUUGAACUCCCCCAUCAGUAUAGUGUG